AUGGCUGUGUGUCGUUUUGACCUUACACCUUACAUAUUGAUAGUACUGAGUUUUCCAAAGAGUGAGAGUUACGUUUUCGCGACACGUCAAUUUCAGCCUAUCGGGCCUCGAGUUGAGAGGCAGUGGCCCGGUCUUGAAUUUGAAACUGACCACCAGUACCACCAGUCAGAACCAAUAUGGCGGCUGACCGAUACCUGUAGAGAGGGAAUUCCCGGGUCGUUCGAAACCAGCCGCGACUUGACCUAUUUAAGAGCGGCAUUUCGAACAGCGACGCCGUUUCUAGUGGCCGGGAAAGACGGCGGCGUUUUGGCUUUUAUGUUCGGGAAGCUUUCAUGGUAUAAAAAAUACCCGACUGUGCCAUCGACCUUCGUGCUGAAUGGGUUCAUGAACUCUUUGUUCGGUCUCUACGAUCUGGCCAUUACGUUAGAGUGUUUAAGAUUUGGCGGUGAGGCUUUGAGUGAUGAUGGUGGUUAUAAUUAUAAUGAGGUGAGGUUCAAAGGUCGAAAGUUCAAGGUGAAGAAACCGACAAACGAAAAAUCGACCGAUUUUGCCGAAGCUAAACGAAGACUUACACUAACUACACCAAGCCAGCUAUUCGAAGUCGGUAUGCGGACACUCGGUAUCGCAUUACCGCUAUUCGAUACCGGAUCCGGAUCCUUUUACGAUCUCAAUCACUUUACACACCCGGGAGUUACUCCCAAUCUGGCGCGCUGGGAUCACACAUCAAUCAGUUCAUGA